CCCUGGGCGCCGCCCUUCCUCCUUGGAGGUGCAGCUGAGAUCCCAACCCUAUCCACCCCCGUUCCCCUCCCGGGUGAAAGCCCAAAAUCCUUCUUGGAUUGGGCGGUGACGGCGCGCUGCGCGUCGUGCCCUCCUUGGAGGCGCCGCCUGGGGAGUGUGCGUUCGGGUGAGGGGCGGCAAAGCUGGAGUUUUGGGCGGCUAUGGUUAUCAGGUGGCUGUGGUUGGCCUGGCUGGUAGGGAAGUCUGUCCCUGCUCCCCUCAAGUGCGGUGCUCCUCGGCGGUGGCGUGUUUGGCUCAGCUCCGGCGGUACGGCGUCUGCGAUCCGGCGGUAGGGGAUAGGGUUCCUCUUCCCAGCAGUAGCAGCACGUCCCUGGCCAUGGACGCCCGGUGUUUCUCUUCAGCGGCCGACGACUCCUGCUCCUCGUCGUUCUGCGGCCUCUCCUGAUGUCCGUGCUGCUCGUUCUUCAGUGGCUCCUCCCGGUGGCUUUCCCGCUGUCUUUCAGGUGUCCUAGGUUGCUUCGGUGUGUCAGAUGAGGUGUGCUCAUGUCCUAGGAGGUUGUGCUCUGUGACUAUCCCAGGACUCGAGGUCGGCAUCUCCCUUGCUCUAGGGUGAGCGUCUCUCAUGUCCGUCGGUGGCGCCUUUCGAUCCAAGGCGAGAGGGAAGGGUCCCUCUACGGCGAGAGCGAUGGAAGAUGCUUGGUUUCCUCCAACCUUGGACUCGGUCAUGUCCACAACUCCACUCUGUUUCGGCAGGUCCUCGUUGUGCUCACGCUGCUCGCAAUUCUUGGCUCUUGUUUGCUGCGGUCGGCGGCGUGUACUAGCUUGGGCUUCCUUGUUCUGAGCUAGUUUUCUGCGUCGAGUUGUAAGCUUCCUAGGGAGCUCCCUUGUAUCGUUCGGCCGAUGUGCUUGGUGUGGUGUUGUGUUGUAAUUCCUGGCCGGUUGAUGGCUUUGUUAAUUCAAAGCUGGGCUCUCCGCGAGCCUUCGUUCUAAAAGAAAAAAUGAACACCUCCAUCCAUCCAUCUCUACAAUACACAUCCUUCUCCAUCCAUUUCACUCCAUCUCCCUCUGCUUCAGUAUAGUUCAAGUCUUCUAUCUUAGCUAGCCUUCUAGCAAUGGCAACAAUGGCGCCGACCUCCAUCGUCUUCUCCAUGAUCGUCUUCCUGCUCCUUUCCAAUGCCAUCACCACUCAAGCCGGCACCUCUGGCAGUGGCAAACCUAAGGCAACAAGCCUCAUAGUGGAAGCGUGCAAGAACGCCUCAGGCAAGAGCCAAGACACCGGUGUCACAAAGGAAUUCUGUUUGUCGACCCUCCAGUUGGACAGUCGGAGCGCCAAGGCUAAAGACCUCCGUGACUUGGUGGUCAUCUCGAUUGACAUCCUGAAGGGCCGUGUCAGUGAUGCUGGCGUCAAGGUAAAGAAAAUGCUGCAAAACGCCAAGAAAGGCACGCUGACAAUGCAUGCUCUCAGCAUUUGUGAGUUGCAAUAUGAGAAGGUGGUGAGCACGCUCAACAUCUGCCAAGCUAUGAUUAGGGAUCACCAAGGUGACAAGGGCGACCUGAAGUCAUUGGGUCUACUCCAUUGUGUGGAUAUGACCGGUGAGACAAUCAAAGAGUGCGAAAAUGAGCUUGGAGAUGUGCGAGGGGCGGAGGCGCUGCUUAGUGAAAACGAGGGGUUGCGCAUUCUGGCCAACCUAAACAGAGCCUUGGUUGCACCGUAUGAUGUCUAAUGUUUGUGUUUUACCUGCUUGAAAGGGAUGUAGAUCGAUGUGACAUCGGUUUUACUGUUAUUUGAAAUAAUAAUCACAACGUUUGUUGUGG